CGGAAGAGGAACAAGGCGGGGUCUGGGCUAAAACCCCAAUGUUUCAAGACCCGAUAACGCCAAAGUCUGUCUCCAAGCAACGGUUUUUUAAUAGCUAAUGCAAAUGUACAAUUUGCAGUGUCCACUUGGUGUCGUUGCAAUAUAAUCUUCCUGUCUCAUGCUGCCCCCUUCUGAGCAACUCUUUGUUUGCUGCUGCACAACGGAGGGUGCGUCGGAUGGAAGAACGGAGAUUGUAGAAGUCAUUAAACCAUAUGAUUUAGAAGAUUUAUUGGAUGCAACAAAAAUAAAUAAACUGGAAUAUAUAAAGGACUGAGAAACCAUGGCGAUCCGGAGCAGAUCAAGUCACUACAGUUGGCGUGUUUGUCUUUUACAUCUUCUGCUGAUCGUAGCGAAGCAGGCUGCGGCUGAUCUGAGAUACUCUGUUCCGGAGGAGAUGAAGGAGGGAACCGUCGUUGGAAAUAUUGCCAAGGAUCUUGGUCUGGAAAAGGCGCAUUUAACUGAUCGACGUCUGCGUAUUGCUUCGGGAUCUGAGGAUACUUUUUUCAGUGUUAACAUGGAUAACGGGGCCUUACAGGUUCGUAGAAAGAUUGACAGAGAGGAGCUUUGUCACGGUGGUGGCGCAUGCUUAAUGGAGCUAAAGAUCAUAGUAGAAAACCCGCUGGAAAUGCACCAUGUUGUUGUUGAAAUCACAGAUGUAAAUGAUCACUCCCCCAGCUUCCUGGAGAAACAGCAACAUUUUGAAAUAGCUGAACAUACGUCUGUAGGAACACGAUUUCAGCUGCAAGCGGCCCGUGACCCCGAUGCUGGAGUGAAUUCAAUCCGCUCAUACAAAUUAUCAUCAAAUGAUUAUUUUGAUAUAGAUCUAAGUCAACGUGAUGAAGACAAAAUACCAUUUUUAGUGCUAAGGAAACCUUUAGACCGGGAACAAAAUGAUAAACUUUUAUUAAUUGUUACAGCAGUAGAUGGAGGAAAACCUCCGAGAUCAGGGACACUUAAUGUUUCUGUCACUGUUCUUGAUAGUAACGACAACCGUCCGUCCUUUAGCCAGGAGGUUUACCAGGUAGAAAUGUUUGAAAAUGCUCCAGUUGGAACCAUUGUUACAAAAGUAAAUGCAAGAGACACAGAUGAAGGAAAUAAUGGAGAAAUUGAGUACAGCAUUGCCAAGGCAUUGCAACCCAAAAUCUAUGAAAUAUUUCAACUGAACUUGUUAACAGGUGAAAUUAAAUUAAAAGCAGCACUGGAUUUUGAGGAAUGUGACAUCUACAAAAUUGAUAUAGUAGCAUCAGACAAGGGAAUCCCUCCUUUAACGGGAAUGUGUCGAGUGGUUGUAAAAAUAAAAGAUGUAAACGAUAAUUCACCAAAGAUAGAUGUCACGUCUUUGUCAAAUACAAUAUCAGAAGAUUCAAAACCCGGAACAGUGAUUUCUCUCAUCAGUGUAACAGAUAAAGACUCAGGUGUUAAUGGAAAGAUUAUUUCACGCAUACUAAAUGAUGCACCUUUUGAAUUAAAGCCAUCCUAUAAGGAAAACAUAUAUUCACUUGUUACAAAAGAGCAUUUGGAUCGAGAGAAAGUGUCCCAUUAUGAAAUAUUAAUACAAGCCACUGAUUGUGGUGAUCCAGCCUUAUCUACAGUGAAAACACUCAGUAUUCAGAUCUCUGAUGUGAAUGACAACAGUCCUCGUUUUGAGAAAAGUGAGUUACAGUUUUAUUUAUCAGAAAAUAAUGCUGCUGGGACAUCAAUAUUUUCUGUCACUGCAACGGAUAUUGACAUGAAUGAGAACGCAGCAAUUUCUUAUAAUAUUGUGAGAGAAGUAAGUAAGAAUGAUGUAACAGCAUUCUUAAAUAUAAACUCAGAAAAUGGACAGAUAUCUGCCCUAAAAAGUUUCGACUUUGAAACCCUGAAAACUUUCCAUUUCCAAGUUGUGGCCUCAGAUUCUGGGACUCCGUCCCUGAGCAGCAACGUGACAGUGAACGUGUUCAUCCUGGACCAGAACGACAAUGCUCCAGUCAUCCUGUAUCCAGUCAGCUCCAACGGUUCUGCUGAAGGUGUGGAGGAGAUUCCCCGCAAUGUAAACGCAGGACACUUGGUGACCAAAGUCAGAGCCUAUGACGCUGAUAUAGGAUAUAACGGCUGGUUGCUGUUUUCCCUGCAGGAAGUUACUGACCACAGCCUCUUUGGUUUGGACCGCUACACAGGACAGAUCAGAACCCUUCGCUCAUUCACAGAGACAGACGAGGCUGAGCAUAAACUGGUCAUCCUGGUCAAAGACAACGGCAACGUUUCCCUCUCAGCAACAGCUACUGUGAUUGUCAAGCUGGUGGAGCCCAGAGAGGCUUUUGCAGCUUCUGAUGUUAAAAGUGCAGCAAAGGAUGAUGAGGAUAAUAAUGUGACUUUUUACCUGAUGAUCACUCUGGGAUCAGUUUCAGUUCUGUUCAUCAUCAGCAUCAUCGUGCUGAUAGCAAUGCAGUGCUCCAAAUCCCCAGACUAUACUUCAAAAUAUCUCCAAGAGACUAAUUAUGAUGGGACCUUGUGUCACAGCAUCCAGUACAGAUCUGGAGACAAACGGUACAUGUUGGUUGGACCCAGGAUGAGCAUAGGAUCUACUAUAGUACCUGGAAGUCAUGCAAACACACUAGUGCUCCCUGACAGGAGGAGGAUGUCUGAGGAGGUAAGAUCAAUAGUGUUUCGUUAUUCCGUCUUGGAAGAAGUUAAAGAGGGAACAGUUGUUGGAAAUAUCGCCAAGGAUUUGGGCCUUGAUAAGGCUACGCUGAAAGAGAGGGGGAUCCGUAUUGUCUACGGGUCGACGGAGCCGCCUUUCGCAGUAAACCAAAAUGACGGUGUCUUGUAUGUGGACAGGAAAAUCGACCGAGAGGAAAUCUAUUCUGGGACUCCGUCCCUAACCAGCAACGUGACAGUGAACGUGUUCAUCCUGGACCAGAACGACAACGCUCCAGUCAUCCUGUAUCCAGUCAGCUCCAACGGUUCUGCUGAAGGCGUGGAGGAGAUUCCCCGCAAUGUGAACGCAGGACACUUGGUGACCAAAGUCAGAGCCUAUGACGCUGAUAUAGGAUAUAACGGCUGGUUGCUGUUUUCCCUGCAGGAAGUUACUGACCACAGCCUCUUUGGUUUGGACCGCUACACAGGACAGAUCAGAACCCUUCGCUCAUUCACAGAGACAGACGAGGCUGAGCAUAAACUGCUCAUCCUGGUCAAAGACAACGGCAACGUUUCCCUCUCAGCAACAGCUACUGUGAUUGUCAAGCUGGUGGAGCCCAAAGAAGCUUUUGCAGCUUCUGAUGUUAAAAGUGCAGCAAAGGAUGAUGAGGAUACUAAUGUGACUUUUUACCUGAUGAUCACUCUGGGCUCAGUUUCAGUCCUGUUCAUCAUCAGCAUCAUCGUGCUGAUUGCAAUGCAGUGCUCCAAAUCCCCAGACUAUACUUCUAAAUAUCUCCAAGAGACUAAUUAUGAUGGGACCCUGUGUCACAGCAUCCAGUACAGAUCUGGAGACAAACGAUUUGGCAAGAGCUUGAUCUUCCAAAUGGUGAAGUAG